AUGGCUCACAAAGAAGAGAAAAGGACAAGUAUGCACUUACGACACCUACAACAAGGGCCAGACGAGACGCUAAGAAGUUAUGUGAAGAAGUUCAACAUGGAAGCUGGUAAAAUCCCAGACUUGCCGGACGGAAUAGCUCUCGAUAACUUUGUACGUGGAUUAAAGAAAGGAACUUUCAAGUUAGACUUAAUAAACAAGAAUGUGAGGACUAUGGCAGAUGCUUUGAGCGAAGCAGAAGCUUUCAUGCACGCCACAGAAAUUUGUAGCCACCCAUAUGACGUGGUGACCAUAAAACUCAGUGAGCACUCCAAAUUCAAAAGUGAUCACUUAGCGGCUCGAGCUAGCAAUAUCUGGGCCAUGAACGAAGACGUAUCAGAGUCACUUAGGUCGAAAAGAGAACGUCCUGUUUGA